GGCCUGGCCGCGGACACGAUGCUGCCCAGCUCCAUUCAGAUAUCGGGAGAACCUCUGUCGGGCGCCGAGGUGCGGGACAUCUGCCGCGGCCUGCGCGACAACGCCGUGCGCCUGCUCUCACUGCGUGGCUGCCGCCUCUGUGACCGCGACUUUGGCCGCAUCUGCCGGGCGCUGGCCGGAGCCACGUCCCUGGCGCAGCUCAACCUUAAUCUGGGUGUCGUGUCCAGCCCCAGCCGCAUCAAGCAGCUGGCAGAAGCGCUGAGGACCAACCGCUCCAUCCAGUCCCUCUUCCUGCACGGAAGCCCCCUCACCGACGCGGGGCUGGCAUUGCUGAACCCGGCCCUGGCCCUGCACCCGGCUUUAGUGGCUCUGGACCUAGGGGACUGCAUGUUGGGUGAUGAAGCCAUCAACCUCAUCUGUGGCCUGCUGCCCCCAGAUGGAGCCAAGUCGGGCCUCAAGGAGCUGACGCUGAGUGCCAACCCUGGCAUCACCCCUAAGGGCUGGAGCCGCCUCGCCAUUGCCGUGGCCCACAGCUCCCAGGUCCGCGUCCUCAAUCUGGACUACAACCCCCUGGGUGACCAUGUGGCAGGGAUGCUAGCUGUGGCCGUGGCUUCUAGCCGCACCCUGGAGGUGCUAGACUUGGAGGGCACAGGGCUUACCAAUCAAUCAGCUCAGACCUUGCUGGACAUGGUAGAAAAUUACCCGACGGCUUUGCGGAGCCUGGUGUUGGCAGAGAACAGCAUCAGUCCCGAGCUCCAGCAGCAGAUCUGUGAUCUCCUCUCCGAGGGCGAGGAAGAGGAGGAGGUGGCAGGAGGGACUGGCGACACCCAGGAAUGGGAGAAAGGACGGGAGCCUGCUGCUGCCCGCCAUCAGGGCAGCAGCUCCUGGAGGUGCCCCAGCGAUCCCAGCUCUCAGAUGGUGCUCAUGACGUCAGGACUAGGGGACAGUCUGUUGGCGGAGACUGAGAUGUGACAUUCCACUUCAGCUUCUACGCACUGUUAACAUUUGUCUGUGUGUCCCCAACACCUCACCCUGGAUCACAGGGCCAGGCCCUUGGGGAAGGGGCGCCCAGGGCUCUGGCAGCUCUUGGCAGUGUGUGUGUGUGUGUUUAUGGGGGGGAGGGCGGCUCUGGAAGCUGUGACUGCACGACAGCCCUGGAGGAGGGAGCACACUAGAACCCAGGGCAAUGCCUCUGGACUUGUCAGCAGCUCUGGCUGC